AUGAACGUGGCACCACCACCACCUUAUGCCUCUGAAAACACUAGAUCAUUACCAACAAGCGCACUACCUAUGCCGAUGACUCAACCGGUAUCUAUCGUAGCUCCAAUUACUAUUGUAGGUCAGUAUCCAAUGCAAUGUACGUGUUUUCAAUGUAGAAGACAAAUUGUUACACGAACAGAAAAAAAGAAUGGUCUUCUUGUCUGGAUUAGUAUUGGGGCUCUCUUCAUUUUUGGCUUUUGGGUUUGUUGUUGCAUACCGUUGUGUAUUGAUGCUUGCAAAGAUACAGAACAUUAUUGUCCGAGCUGUAAUCCAAUGCUUGGUAUUAGCAAAAAACUAUGA